UUACGGAAAAGGACAUAUACAAAACUCCGUAUGCAACCAGUGGCUCCUGGUUUUACCUUUUCAGAUUAUAAUUCCAUCCAAGGCACGUCUGAAGCCACCCUACAAUCUCAUACAUACACACACAUAUAUAGUUUUUGGAGCAACCCUUUGAGAUCUAAGUUGAGAGCCAUCAAAAUGGUGUAUGUAGUUAGUGCUAAGGUUUGGGACUCCCUUGAGCUACACUUGGGUACGUCUUAAUACUCUCUUCUAAGUCUUGUGGGUAAAUCUAUGUUAAAAUAUCUUGAAUAAAACCUCAGAUUUGCUUUUACUAGUUCUAGAAUUCUUGUCUGAGUCAAAGCCAUGAAUCCAGUUUGGCCUGAGUUGCAGUCUCUAAGAGAAAAAAGGGACAUUCUCUGGCUCGGGUGACAGCAAGGAGUUUUAUCUGUUCCCUUACCACAGGAACUCCCUCUUCUAGCCACAACCUGGUAUCCACUAUUCCGUUUCUGUUUCUACUAAGUUGAUUCCUUUAGUGACCUCCUACGAGUGCCCGAUUUCUUCUUUAUAGGUGGCUUAUUUUACUGGGCACAGUGUUCUCCAAGGUUGUCCAUACUGUAGCCCGGGACAGAGACUUUUUAAGGCUGUGUGGAUAGUCCACAGGGCCACAUUUUGAUGUGUAUUUAUCCGUCCGUGCACAUCUGGGUGGUUUUACACUGGAGACAUCCGAGCUGGAGAUUUGCGGUUGUGGAGUAGAGCGGUAAGGCUGGGCCAUCUGGCUCUCUUCCCUGCAGCGUCACUGGUGUCACCUGUAUCUCAUGCCAGCGUCUGCUGUUAUCAAGUCCAAACACCACCGCAGGAAUCUCUUCUCUUUCCCUUCAACACCCUCAAAGCCUGUGGCUCCAGGCUGCCCCACCCAGCUCUACAGACCUGGGUAGCUGAGCCAGCCUGGGCGUGAGGAUAUGUGGGGGUAUUUAUGGGUUACUAGCUCUCAGCUGGUGUGCCAUGACCACACAAAGAUGCAAACGAGUCACAGCCACCGUGACUCUCGUCCAUCUCAACGCACGGCGGGGCACUUCUGUCUCCUUAAGGCGCUGCCUUCCCGGCUCCCUGGAGUCCUUCCCCUGCAAGAGACUUUCGCUAAGUCGCGAGGGAGAGAACGGAAGGACCCGAUGGCGUCCAUGCUUAAGAGCUGUUCAGAACGCGACGCCCACGGUGCGACCGGGGUAAAAUCGAGAGUGCUUGGGGAAAGUCACUCGGUCAACACGCCUCGCCAGGCUACAAGCACUGCUGGCUCCAUGGAGACAUUCUGGGCUGCACUCGACUUACACAACUUUACAAGUCACCGACUCGGAAGGCACCGUCGGGAGCCGCACCGCAAGGACCGGUGCCAGGCGCUGCCCUGAGUCUACACGACCUUCAGCCGCCGCUGGAGGCCAAGAACGUUCUGUUCGGCCGCAGCGGCCACGCCCACGUCCCGCCUUUUCUCCGUGGGUGGGGACAGACUCUGCCAAUCAGAAGUUCCUGAAACAUGCAAAUAAACCUCCGCCCCCGGGGAAAGGCGUUUCCCUAGACUUGCAGCUUCCUUCGCAGACGCCGCAACACAGUUUUGUCUUCACCCAGCACAGCGCUCUAGUCCGUUAGCUAGGCCGGAAGUGGAGACCCGAGCGCCCCACUGGCGGAGCCGGAAGUGCGCUAGCGAGGCGCGUACUGGCCGGAAGCCGAGCCCCGGACACGCCCACCUGCCGGUGGCGUCGCAGGUGUACCUCAGACAGCUUUGCUCUUUGACGGCGUCGCCGAGGAGGCGGCCGGACCACCGUGGGGUCCAGGCGGAGGCCGAGGGUCGAGUCGGCAUGGCGGAGGGCGGGAGCCCCGAAGGGCGGGCCGGCCCGAGGGCCGCAGGUCCUAAUCUGAAGGAGUGGCUGAGAGAACAGUUCUGUGACCAUCCACUAGAGCACUGUGAAGAUACAAGGCUCCAUGAUGCAGCCUAUGUAGGGGACCUCCAGACCCUCAGGAAUCUACUGCAAGAGGAGAGCUACCGGAGCCGCAUCAAUGAAAAGUCUGUCUGGUGCUGUGGCUGGCUCCCCUGUACACCACUGAGAAUCGCAGCCACUGCAGGCCAUGGGAACUGUGUGGACUUCCUCAUACGCAAAGGAGCCGAGGUGGACCUAGUGGAUGUCAAGGGACAGACUGCCCUGUAUGUGGCUGUAGUGAAUGGGCACCUGGAGAGCACUGAGAUCCUUUUAGAAGCUGGUGCUGACCCCAACGGCAGCCGGCACCACCGCAGCACUCCUGUCUACCAUGCCUCUCGCGUGGGUAGGGAUGACAUCCUGAAGGCUCUUAUCAGGUAUGGGGCGGAUGUUGAUGUCAACCCUCACCUGACUCCUGACACCCAGACCCUUUUCACAAGGCGGCUUACCUCCUUGGUGGUCUGUCCUCUAUACAUCAGUGCUGCCUACCAUAACCUUCAGUGUUUCAGGCUCCUUCUGAAGGCUGGGGCAAAUCCUGACUUCAAUUGCAAUGGUCCUGUCAACACACAGAAAUUCUACAGGGGCUCCCCUGGGUGUGUUAUGGAUGCUGUCCUGCGCCAUGGUUGUGAGGCUGCCUUCGUGAGCCUGCUGGUAGACUUUGGAGCCAACCUGAACCUGGUGAAGUGGGAAUCACUGGGCCCAGAGGCAACAGGCAGAAGGAAGAUGGACCCUGAGGCCUUUCAGGUCUUUAAAGAGGCCAGAAGUAUUCCCAGGACCUUGCUGAGUUUGUGCCGUGUGGCUGUGAGAAGAGCUCUUGGCAAAUACCGACUGCAUCUGGUUCCCUCGCUGCCGCUGCCAGACCCUAUAAAGAAGUUUCUGCUUUAUGAGUAGAGUUCAGAUGCAGCGUUGACUGCAGUGAGGAAGCCGAUCAUCUGCAGUGAAAGUUGACUCUUACAUCCUGUGAACUAUGUCCUGCGCUGCCAACUUGUUUCCUGACUGUCAGUGAAGAAGAAACAGCCAUGUUCUCUUGAAUUGUGAUUCUGUCUCAGGUGCUUGGGCCACCAAACACUCCUUGAGUCACUGUCAACUGAGAGGGGCAUACAAACUUCAUUUUGUUCUUCUUCAAUAUCUGUUCUGGAGUUUUACUGUUAUAUAUUAAUGAAAUGGGUUGUGAAAUGUGUGCAGUAUGGGUUGAACCUGCAAGCCUCGUGGUAGCCCUAGUUGGGACAGCUUGUAUUUUUCCAAAGGUAUUUAUGUUCUUGCUUUGCAAUUAAUUAUUCUUUUAAGGCUUAAUAUCCAAACAAGAAGAGAGUUUUGAUAAGAAAACAUGUAGGAAACAGACACAGUUCUUGCACUUGCUGGUCUGUUUUCCUGCCCGGGUUUGUCUGUAUGUGCUGUUAGGUGCGCGUCCCUUCUUACUGCUGCAGCAUUUUCUCUUGGAAGAGUCUUCAUUCCAAGAUGGUUUCUUGGCUGCAUACACUGCCUGCCAUCUCAGUGCGUGGAGGUCCCAGCACAGUGUCCACAGUGCAGCACCUGUCCUGGCAAAGGUUUUCUGAUGGACGUCUCAUCCUGGGGAUCUUCAGACAAUGAUUACCUUUAGGAGGCCCACCUAGAACUAGCCAGGAAGUGACUUCCCACAUUCAGACCAGGGACCAUCCCAAUAGCACUCACUGCCACUUCUCACAGGAUAAGAUGACACUGGGGUGCUCUAUACAGACCCUCCCAUACAGAAAAUGGGAGCUGUAUGGGCUACCUGGGUGGUUCCAGGCUAAGCAGUUCCUGCUGCUUGGUGCCCACCAGAGGCUGUGUCUCCCUCUUUCCGGUUCAGUGCCUUUGUGAGCACUCCUAGAGAUCUUUCCCCAUCCUGCCCAGGGUUAUUGGUGAGAUGACUUAGUGCAGGUGUGAGGGUCAUGGGCAGUUGGGUCAGGAACUAUGCAUAGCCUUGAGCAUCCUCAGGUUGCUCCUGUUUGGUGAAAUUGCAUUUUGUCAUUUUGAAACCUCUUAGGACUAUUGUGUGAAUCUGUGGUGAUUGUAGACUUGAGAUUGUUUAGGGGCAAGCAGAUGUUAGAUCUGUUAAAAUUUUGACCAUGAAAGAAAACUAACUUGUAAUGAUACUUUACUGUUGAACCAUUGUGUGGUUUAGUGACCAUCUGUGAAUGGAGUUCCAAACCUUACCCAGUGUCUCAGAAUGGCCCUGUGCAGCAACACCAAGCUGGCCAAAAUGCACUACAUGGAGUUGUAGUGGGCCUUGCCCCAGCUCUGGCCAGUGAGUACUGUGUCUGGGGAGGGAAUGAGCUGGGCCAGCCUGUUCCUCCCCAGCCUCCCCCAGCUGUUCUGUAGGGGGCCCAGGCCACAUGAGUAGCGUCCCCUGCGCGUAUUAUUUUCAGAAUCUCAGUACUGUGAGGUUCUGCUGCUUGUUCAAAACUUCGAGCUUGCAAACCUGAAUGCGAAACAGCAUUGGUGCUGACUGAGGACAACCCUCUUUGUUUCAGUAGCUCUAUGAAAGUACUGCAUUUUGUUGCUCUCAAGGAUGAGGUACAGGUAGGAAAGAGCAACGCUAUCGUGAGUACCCCAGGAUCAUGAGAGGCACCAAGGGGAGCUGAUGUGGCCUUGGUGAGGACUGGUGUUUAUGCGACAGACUUCUGAGAGCUCUGGGUGUCUCCUUAGUGUGGAAAUGUGGUAGGCCUGAUGACACUACUGCCUUCUGACUGAGCUGGCCCUAGCAGAGGAGCUCAGUGGCCCAGAGGGAAGGAGCCUGAAGCUGUCCCUGCUUAUCCAAGGGGGAUCUGUGUGAUUGUUGCUAUUCCUGGGGCAGCCACUUGAUUUAAACAGAGGUUUGUGCCUUGAGUCUUGGCCAGGCAGGCUGGAGUUUAGCCAGUGCUGAUGCCUCAGAAUUUAUCUUUUUGUGUGCUUUUAGACAUAUUUCCAGAAACCUACCAAUGUCAUACAUUUUGUAGCUAUUGUACUCGCGAUGUUUAUCACUUUAUUUAUUUGCUUAUUUAUUUAUUCACCCACUUAUUUAUUUGUUUAUUAUUUAUUUAUUCAUUUAUUUAUUUAUAUUCUUCCUCCCUGAUUGUUUUGUUUUGACAUUAGGUAAAUUUAGGCAAAAAUACUUUUUAAGUAGGUAAUUAGCAAUUUUCAAAUGUUGGCCAUUUUUGUUAUCAGGCUUAAGGACCAUCAGUUUGAAAGUUUUCCCUCUAUUCUUUCGUGCAUGAUUUAAAAAUUUUGUUGUUGUUGUUUGUUUUGAGACAGGGUUUCUCUGUGAAACAGUCUUGGCUGUCCUAGAACUUGCUCUGUAGAUCAGGCUGGCCUCAAACUCACUGAGAUCCACUUGCCUUUGCCUCCUAAGUGCUGGGAUUAAAGGCGUGUGCCACCACUGCCUGGCUUCACGUAUGAUUUUUUUAAGAUAAAAAUUUUCUGAAAAGAAAAGUACUGUGUAUGGGCCUGAGCAGAGAUAAGCAUGCCCUGACCUGUUUCAGCCAAUUCCUGGAGCUGUGAAGGCUCCACUGCAGGCAGGAGGACCUUUGUGCUCUGCCUUUCAGUGGACUCCAGUGACGUCCUGUGAGAGCUGACACAGGCAGGCCCUCUGGGAGUGGUCUCUGUCCCGUGGUCUUAAUGGAAGUGCACUUAAUGGUGGUGGUAGCAAUGCUGAGAGCCGGCGCUGUAGUACUGACCUUGUGCUCUGGUGGCACAGUGGGAUCAUUGCAGCCCACAGUGCAGCAUCUGCAGAGAGCUGUGCAGUGGGAAGGAGAAGGGCAGCCUGUAAUGCUAGAGGAAAUCCAAUUUCCUCAGCUGACUGGCUUGUCUUAUUCGGCCGUCAUGUCCUUCCUGGCAGAUACUAGAAUGUUGGCUUGAAAGCGAUGGUGCGGUCUAUGUCUUUGCAUUUAAAACACUCUUGGUUGUAGUUCACAGAUUUUUUUUUUUCAAGUUUACUUGUUGCUGAUAUCCUGGCACCAGUCUGGUUAUAGUGGAUGUUACAAACUAAUGAGACAUUUUGGAUUUUUAAUAGCCUGCAUGGUGGUGAAAGGCUUUGCAGCUUCCCCAUGCCUGGGGUCCAAGAGUAUUCUCUAGGGUCACUGCACAUGGCCUAAGAAGUCUAGACAUGCUUUUGAUGGACCUCUACCACCCCAAAUUUAUGAGGCCACCCACAGGGAGGAUUGUUUGUCCCCCACUCAGGCCUUGGGAACCAGUGGCACCUAGGGUGCUGUGAUGGCACCAGUGGUGGUCCGCAGGUCCUUUUGUCUCCUUACUGUCUGCCCACUAGGCACUGCCCUGCAGGGGUCUAAUGGCUUCCAUCAGCACUGAGAGAUUUCUGGAAGCCGUCUCUUUGAUUUGGGAGCUCCUUCCUUGUCCUUAUGCUCCCCUCUCCUUCUCAUACCCCUUGGCAUGCAGUAAGUAGUAGGUCCAUGUGCUUUACUGUUAGGGAUUUGUGGUCAUUCCAAGAAAGCCCCACAGAUGGGGACAUUCAGGUCUUGAAGUGAACAAUGAUUUGUGGAGUAUUUGCUCUACACUCUAGCCUGACAAAAGAUGAUGAAGUAAGAAGGAUAUAGGGAGACCUUCUCGAGCCUCAACAUGUGUUGGACACGGAGCUCUUUUCAGCCAGUCCUGGGGAUUGAACUGCGAUCCUGUGCAUAUGAGGAAGCACUCUACCAUGGAGCUGUGUGUUCAGCCUCUUGUUUUGAAAUCUGACUGGAGAUUGGCGUGCUUUCUCUGAACAUGGCUUUCUUUUUUUUUUUUUUUAAUAUUUAUUAUGUAUAUAAUAUUCUGUCUGCAGGCCAGAAGAGGGCACCAGACCUCAUUACAGAUGGUUGUGAGCCACCACGUGGUUGCUGGGAUUUGAACUCAGGACCUUUGGAAGAACAGGCAAUGCUCUUAACCACUGAGCCAUCUCUCCAGCCCUGAACAUGGCUUUCUUGCACACGCAGUGUGACUGCUCCUGACAGCUAACCGGCCCUGCUCUUCCUGUAGUGUCUGCACAGCUCCCACUGCUUCUGUUGGUGUUGGGCGUAUGUAUCAUGCACUAGGGUCUGUGUGCUGGAGACAUGCUCACUUCAACCCCCUCUUUGCUGUUUGGGGAUGAGCGUGUGCUUGUUUGCAGUGAUCAGGACAGAUUGUUUUUUUGCCCUUGUGCCUAGUUAAGAGCUUUCAAAAGUACAAUGACAUUUUUGAUAUAUUGUUAUAAUAAAUGCUUUUUGCCCUCUGAUUUCCCUCCAAAAUGCCUUAAUUUUGUGGCCUGUAUCUUACUGGGUAGAAGCUUCCUUCAUGUGCAGUCUUUUAUUUACAUUCAUUCAUUCAUUCAUUCAUUCAUUCAUUCAUUCAUCCAUCCAUUGUGCGUGAUGUGUAUGUUUGUGUUUACAUGCAUUCCCAUGUAAGCUAUGGUGUGGAUAUGGAGAUCGAAGGACAGCUUAAAGAAGUUGGUUCUCUCCUUCUACCAUUUGGUUUCCAGGGAUUGACUCAGAUAGCUGUAUGGUGGAAAGUGCCUUUAUCCUCUGAGCCAUUUUAUCAGCCCCAUGUGCAACUGUGUGCACAGAAAAAGUAGAAGGGACUGGUUCCUGCAGAGUUCCCAAUGACUGAAGAGAAGGCUUUACUGCGGGAGUUUACAGCUGUUGAGGAUUCUGGGGCUGCAGGGUGGAACCCAUAGUGUUGCCCAAAAUUUAACUACCUAACAGCCUGUUUCGCCUAGUGGCUCGAGUUCCUGGAUUGAAGAGAGUUGCGCCUACAGCUUUCUAGCCAGUGAUUCUGUGCUGUGGGGAGGAGGUGGACACUGCCGUUUUCUGUCCCAUGUUAUUUGUGAUUUGUUUUGUCAUUUGAAGGUAGCGAUGUGGCAACUUUGGAUAAGCUGGAGGGAAUGAACUGAAUAAAGUAUUUC